AAUGCCUACGUGAAUAUAAAUCGCAUCAUGUCCGUUGCAUCCAGGCUUUCAGAGGCUGGCCAUUAUGCAUCUCAACAAAUUAAGCAGAUUUCCACACAGCUAGAUCAAGAGUGGAAGAGCUUUGCUGCAGCACUGGAUGAGCGUAGCACUAUCCUGGCCAUGUCUGCUGUGUUUCACCAGAAGGCUGAACAGUUUCUGUCUGGUGUAGAUGCCUGGUGCAAAAUGUGCAGUGAAGGAGGUCUCCCCUCGGAAAUGCAAAACCUGGAAUUGGCCAUCCAUCAUCAUCAGUCUCUUUAUGAACAGGUCACUCAGGCUUACACUGAGGUAAGUCAGGAUGGAAAAGCUUUACUGGAUGUCCUGCAACGUCCCUUGAGUCCUGGAAACUCAGAAUCCCUCACUGCCACAGCAAAUUAUUCCAAGGCUGUUCACCAAGUUUUAGAUGUGGUCCAUGAGGUCUUACAUCACCAGCGGCGCUUGGAGAGCAUCUGGCAACACAGGAAGGUUCGGUUACAUCAGCGGCUUCAACUUUGUGUUUUCCAGCAAGAUGUUCAGCAGGUCCUGGACUGGAUUGAAAACCAUGGGGAGGCCUUUCUUAGUAAACACACUGGAGUGGGGAAGUCUCUUCACAGAGCACGAGCUCUUCAGAAAAGGCAUGAUGAUUUUGAAGAAGUAGCACAGAAUACCUAUACUAAUGCGGACAAGCUACUGGAAGCAGCAGAGCAACUGGCUCAAACUGGGGAGUGUGAUCCCGAAGAGAUCUACAAAGCAGCACGGCAUCUAGAAGUGCGGAUUCAGGACUUCGUUCGGAGAGUGGAACAGAGGAAGCUUCUUCUGGAUAUGUCUGUCUCCUUCCACACCCAUACCAAAGAGCUGUGGACAUGGAUGGAAGACCUGCAGAAGGAACUCUUGGAAGACGUUUGUGCUGACUCCGUAGAUGCCGUUCAAGAACUCAUAAAGCAGUUCCAGCAGCAGCAAACAGCUACUCUGGAUGCCACUCUCAAUGUCAUCAAAGAAGGAGAAGAUCUAAUCCAGCAGCUCAGAGAUUCAGCGGUCUCUAACAAUAAAACACCACAUAAUAGUUCCAUCAGCCACAUUGAAUCUGUCCUCCAGCAGCUUGAUGAAGCUCAGGUGCAGAUGGAAGAGCUCUUCCAUGAGAGAAAAAUUAAGCUGGAUAUCUUUCUUCAACUCCGGAUUUUUGAACAGUACACUAUUGAGGUGACCGCUGAAUUAGAUGCCUGGAAUGAGGAUUUACUACGUCAAAUGAAUGAUUUCAACACCGAGGAUCUCACCUUGGCUGAACAACGUCUGCAGCGGCAUACAGAGAGGAAGCUGGCUAUGAACAAUAUGACCUUUGAGGUCAUUCAGCAAGGACAAGAUUUGCACCAGUACAUCAUGGAAGUGCAAGCUUCAGGCAUUGAGCUGAUAUGUGAAAAGGACAUCGAUCUAGCAAUCCAAGUGCAAGAGCUGCUGGAAUUCCUUCAUGAGAAACAGCACGAGUUGGAGCUGAAUGCUGAUCAGACGCACAAACGACUUGAGCAGUGCCUUCAGCUUCGGCACCUGCAAGCAGAGGUUAAGCAGGUCCUUGGUUGGAUCCGUAAUGGAGAAUCAAUGCUCAAUGCCAGUCUUGUCAAUGCAAGUUCCCUGUCAGAGGCUGAGCAGCUCCAGAGAGAGCAUGAACAGUUUCAGCUGGCCAUAGAGUCCCUCUUUCAUGCCACUUCCUUGCAGAAGACGCACCAGAGUGCCCUCCAGGUACAGCAGAAGGCAGAGGUGUUACUGCAGGCUGGCCAUUACGAUGCUGAUGCCAUCCGGGAAUGUGCGGAAAAAGUGGCCUUACAUUGGCAGCAGCUCAUGCUAAAGAUGGAGGAUCGGCUGAAACUGGUUAAUGCCUCUGUUGCUUUCUAUAAAACUUCAGAGCAGGUUUGCAGUGUGCUGGAGAGUUUGGAGCAAGAAUAUCGAAGAGACGAAGACUGGUGUGGAGGUCGGGAUAAGCUGGGACCAUCCUCUGAGAUAGAUCAUGUUAUCCCUUUAAUCAGCAAACAUCUGGAACAGAAGGAAGCCUUUCUUAAGGCCUGCACACUAGCACGAAGGAAUGCAGAAGUGUUUCUCAAGUACAUUCAUCGAAACAACGUCAGCAUGCCAGGAGUAGUGAGCCAUACCAGGGGCCCUGAACAGCAAGUGAAAGCCAUUCUGAGUGAGCUGCUGCAGAGGGAAAAUCGUGUUCUUCACUUCUGGACUUUGAAGAAAAGGCGACUGGAUCAGUGUCAGCAAUAUGUAGUCUUUGAGCGCAGUGCAAAGCAGGCUUUGGAUUGGAUUCAGGAAACCGGAGAAUAUUAUCUCUCUACUCACACUUCCACUGGAGAAUCAGCAAAUGAAACACACGAGCUUUUGAAAGAAUAUGGAGAAUUCAAAGUACCUGCCAAGCAAACUAAGGAGAAAGUAAAGCUUCUCAUUCAGCUGGCCGAUAGCUUUGUGGAGAAAGGACACACACACGCCACAGAAAUUAGGAAAUGGGUUACUACAGUUGACAAGUGCUAUCGGGAUUUUUCACUGAGAAUGGGGAAGUACCGCUACACUUUGGAAAAAGCUCUUGGGAUCAAUACAGAGGAUAAUAAAGACCUGGAGUUGGACAUCAUUCCAGCAAGUCUGUCUGAUCGUGAAGUAAGGCUACGUGAUGCCAGUCAUGAAGCCAAUGAAGAAAAGAGAAAGUCAGCCAGAAAAAAAGAGUUCAUCAUGGCUGAAUUGCUUCAGACUGAGAAGGCUUAUGUUAGGGACCUGCAUGAAUGUUUAGAGACAUACCUUUGGGAAAUGACAAGUGGAGUAGAGGAGAUACCACAAGGGAUUCUGAACAAGGAACACAUAAUAUUUGGAAACAUCCAGGAGAUAUAUGACUUUCAUAACAAUAUUUUUUUGAAAGAACUGGAAAAAUACGAACAACUUCCUGAAGAUGUUGGUCACUGCUUUGUCACCUGGGCAGAUAAGUUUCAGAUGUAUGUUACCUACUGUAAAAACAAACCUGAUUCCAGCCAAUUGAUCCUAGAGCACGCAGGAACAUUCUUUGAAGAAAUUCAACAAAGGCAUGGUCUGGCCAACUCCAUUUCCUCAUAUUUGAUCAAGCCUGUCCAGAGGAUUACAAAGUAUCAACUUUUAUUAAAGGAGCUUUUAACAUGCUGUGAAGAAGGAAAAGGAGAGCUCAAGGAUGGUUUGGAAGUGAUGCUUAGUGUUCCCAAGAAAGCCAAUGAUGCCAUGCAUGUAAGCAUGCUGGAAGGAUUUGAUGAAAAUUUGGAUGUUCAGGGAGAACUGAUUCUUCAGGAUUCAUUCCAAGUAUGGGAUCCCAAAUCUCUCAUCCGGAAGGGUCGUGAGAGACAUUUGUUUCUCUUUGAAAUCUCUCUAGUUUUUAGCAAAGAGAUAAAAGAUUCUACAGGACAUACUAAAUAUGUUUACAAGAACAAAUUACUGACCUCAGAAUUGGGAGUAACAGAGCAUGUGGAAGGUGAUCCAUGCAAGUUUGCCUUAUGGUCUGGACGGACUCCCUCUUCAGAUAACAAAACAGUGUUAAAAGCAACCAGUAUUGAAACUAAACAAGAAUGGAUUAAAAAUAUUCGAGAAGUGAUACAAGAAAGAAUGAUACAUUUAAAAGGAGCUUUGAAAGAGCCAAUCCAGCUCCCCAAAACCCCAGCCAAGCAAAGGAACAACAGUAAGAGAGAGGGAGGAGAAGAUGCCGACAGCCAAGGAGAUGGAAGCAGUCAGCCUGACACGAUUUCAAUUGCAUCCAGGACUUCUCAGAAUACAGUAGACAGUGACAAGCUGUCUGGAGGAUGUGAACUAACUGUGGUGCUGCAAGACUUUGUUGCCAGUCACAUCAGUGAACUGAGUAUUCAGGUGGGACAGACGGUGGAGUUACUCGAAAGGCCAAGUGAACGGCCAGGCUGGUGCCUGGUACGGACCACAGAAAGGAGUCCACCUCAAGAAGGUCUGGUCCCCAGCAGUGCUCUCUGCAUCUCCCAUUCCCGGAGCAGUGUAGAAAUGGACUGCUUCUUCCCAUCAGGAAAAGAUGCCUAUUCCUCCAACGAAAAUGGAGCAAAAUCUGAUUCUGUGGCUAAUUUACAGCCCCACACGUCCCUUAAUUCCAUCCAGAGCUCCCCUGGUCCAAAGCGUUCAACCAACACCCUGAAAAAAUGGCUGACGAGUCCUGUACGUCGGCUGAACAGUGGGAAGGCUGAGAGCAACAUCAAAAAACAGAAGAAAGUACGUGAAGGAAGGAAGAGCUUUGACCUAGGAUCCCCCAAACCUGGAGAUGAAACCACGCCUCAGGGAGACAGUGCCGAUGAGAAGAGCAAGAAAGGAUGGGGUGAAGAUGAACCAGAUGAAGAAUCUCAUACACCACUUCCUCCUCCAAUGAAGAUUUUUGAUAAUGAUCCUACACAAGAUGAGAUGUCUUCCUCUUUGCUAGCUUCUCGACAGACCAGCUCUGAUGUGCCAACUGCUGCGGAUCUUGUCAGUGCAAUAGAAAAAUUGGUCAAAAGCAAGCUGACAUUGGAAGGGGGCUCCUACCGAGGAAGCUUAAAGGAUAGUACUGGAUGUUUGAAUGAGAUUGUGACACCUUCAACCCCUCCUUCAAGAAACCUCGAAGAGGAACAAAAGGCCAAAGCAAUGAGAGGCAGGGUGUUUGUUCUAAAUGAACUGAUACAAACAGAAAAAGAUUAUGUCAAGGACUUAGGAACUGUGGUGGAGGGAUUUAUGAAAAGAAUAGAAGAAAAAGGUAUUCCUGAAGAUAUGAAAGGAAAAGACAAGAUUGUGUUUGGAAACAUUCACCAGAUCUACGAUUGGCACAAAGACUUUUUUUUGGCUGAACUGGAGAAGUGCCUUCAGGAACAUGACCGUUUAGCACAGCUCUUCAUCAAACAUGAGAGGCGAUUACACAUGUACGUGGUAUACUGUCAAAACAAGCCAAAAUCAGAAUAUAUAGUAGCUGAAUGUGGUACAUACUUUGAGGAAGUGCAACAAGAAAUAAACCAGCGGUUAACUCUCAGCGACUUCUUAAUUAAGCCCAUUCAAAGAAUAACCAAGUACCAGUUGCUUCUCAAGGAUUUCCUGAAAUAUAGUGAAAAGGCUGGAUUGGAUUGCUCGGAGACAGAGAAAGCUGUAGAGUUGAUGUGCCUUGUUCCUAAACGCUGCAAUGACAUGAUGAAUCUGGGGCGACUACAGGGCUUUGAGGGCAAGCUGGCAGCUCAAGGGAAAUUGUUGCAACAGGAUACAUUCUAUGUAACAGAGCAGGACUCUGGAGGGUUGUCUCGGCCAAAAGAACGCAGAGUUUUCCUCUUUGAGCAAAUAGUCAUCUUUAGUGAACUACUUAGGAAAGGCUCCUUAACACCUGGGUAUCUGUUUAAGCGGAGCAUAAAGAUGACAUAUCUAAUACUUGAGGACAAUGUGGACAACGAUCCUUGCAAAUUUGCUCUCAUGAAUCGGGAAACAUCAGAACGGUUCAUAUUGCAGUCUGCCAAUCCUGAAAUCCAGCAAGCUUGGGUACUGGAUAUCAGUCAAGUACUUGACACACAGAGGGACUUCUUAAAUGCAUUACAAUCUCCAAUAGAAUAUCAGCGGAAAGAAAGCAGCAGCUCAGCUGUAAUGAGACCCCAGACCAGCCGGGCACCUCAGCCCAUCACCAGACCCUAUUCCUCAGGACCUGUAGGAUCUGAUAAAACUUCAAAGGCUACAAUGCGCAACCCAUCUCUUCCACCUCUGAAGAUAUCUACCUCCAAUGGUAACACAGGGCAUGAACAGCACCAGCCUGAGGACAGAUAUGAACAGAACAAGAAUGACUUGAGUGGGUGCAAUGGAACCUCUUCUAUGGUGGUCAUCAAAGAUUACUAUGCAUUAAAGGAGAAUGAAAUCUGUGUCAACCAGGGUGAAGUGGUCCAAGUACUUGCCAUUAACCAGCAGAACAUGUUCCUUGUAUACCAGCCUGCCAAUGACCACUCACCAGCAGCAGAAGGAUGGAUCCCAGGGAAUAUCUUGGCUCCCCUCACUAAAUCAACUACAGAUAGUAGCGACGGAAGCAUAAAGAAGUCAUGUUCAUGGCAUACCCUGCGCAUGAGAAAGCGGGCGGAAAAGGAAAGCAGUGGCAAAACGGAAGCCAAUGGCCUACGUAUACCCAAGGAUAUUCUGGGCAACAAAGUCUCUGUUAAAGAGACAAACAGUUCAGAAGAGUCAGAAUGUGAUGACCUUGACCCCAACACUAGCAUGGAGAUCAUCAACCCAAAUUUCAUCCAGGAAGUUGCUCCUGAGUUUCUCGUGCCCUUAGUGGAUGUCACUUGCUUGCUUGGAGACACCGUAAUGUUGCAGUGCAAAGUCUGUGGGCGUCCCAAACCAACCAUCACCUGGAAAGGACCAGAUCAAAACAUGCUUGACAAUGACAGCAGCACCACUGCCAUUACAGUUACCUCCUGGUAUGUUCAAUCUUUACGUACAGGAUUCUGCUGAAACAAUGAAUGAAUUAAGGUGGCUAUUGAAUAUAGCAAUAUAUUCAAUAUAGCAAAUUAUGUAAUUGUAAUUAAGUAAAGAGAGUUAAUUUCAUAAACCAUUUAAAAACUGCUCUGAUUU